ACAUAUAUAUAUAUAUAUAUAUAUGUGUGUGUGUGUGUGUGUGUAUACAAAUAAAUAAAUAAAAGAAGGAAAUAUAUGAAUUGAGUAUCAGAGUAGAGUCUGACGUAGAUUGAAGGGAGACUACUUACUUGGAGUGCUGUGGUAUUGAUCGAUAGAAAAGUGCAGAUGUGAUUCCAAGAAGCUGAGAUGAUUGAAGGUCUACAUUGAUUCUGGCAACAUGGCUUUUCAUCACUGCGUCACUGAAUGCACUGCCACUGGCCACCUCCUCUCCUACGGUCACUUCCAAAGACAGCACAGGAACCAGUUCACUCUGCUAUACAAGCACGGCGAGGUUGUAAGAAUUCUAGAAGGGAAAUCCUUCGAAGUUGUCAGAUCAAUUAGCUGAACACGAGACUAAGGUUGCAGAUACGAUGUCUAUAGUCAAAAAUAAAUAAAUAAAAAAGAAAGAAAGAAAGAAAGAUUGAAAGGAAACGAUUUAGAAAGUAUGAGCAGUAGGAUGGCAAUCCAACAGCAUAUCCACCUGGCUGCAAAUUCAAUUGAAAUUUGUUGAAAACAGGAAGUCUUUCUAGCUGACAACCCUUGCCUUGCAAAUGCUUUCGAUUUAUCUCUUUUGCUUUGUUCUCCAUAUCUCUUCCCAAUGUAGCAUUGGAAGCCUCGUGAUGUAAUCACAUAGCAGAGGUCUUGAUUCGCUCUAUUUGUAAUUGCACAAGUCCCGUAGCGAAAAGCAUCACUCUGGGGCAGAGUGGCCAGAUCAUAAUCCCACUAGCCAAUGGGAUUACGCUUAAUAUUCACUCUGGUCACUCUGAGUCCGAGAGAUACCAACUUCUUAACCGCCAGUUCAUUCACUUCCACUGCUCGCAGAUGCUGGCUCCAAGAAGUGUCCAAGCCGCAAGUCGAAAGCAUGGAUUCAUCUACUGAGAAACAGCGAAUUCUGCUGUCACUGGGACGUCUUCGAGUGUGCGCUUAAAUAAGAGCUGUUAAGGGAUAUCUAAACGACCUGUUAUAUACCGCAUUUAACAAGAUUAAUUUAGAAGCAAGAGGGUGGUUUACGCACCCAGUGUAGCUGGUCGACCAUAUCCAGGAACACAAAUCCCCAAACCUUACGGUUGAUUUUGAUAUGUUCCACAUCUCUUGAGUGGUGUAUUACAAUCCCACAUGUGGUCGGAAUACUUGAUGAGAACAUUAAUAUUGACUCAUAAAUUUCACUCCACUUUAAAUAAUGUCCAUCCAUACUAGCAACAUUCUUAACUCUCAAAGCGUCAGUCUCCAGGAGGAGCAUUAACCUCAGGAAGAACGAAAAUGAGAGAAAAUCGGCGGGUGGAUUCAAAUUACAGUUCUAUUGGAAGCAGUCAUUUUCCAGAAUUUCGAGAACAAACAAGUUCAACUAGCUUGUAGAGGAAAAGUGUGCAAUGUACUAAGACGAGUGGUGACUCCCAUUUAGAUUCAAGAGGAAAAUAGUGGAGGAGAAUAACAAUUGAACGAGAUGGUGACGGAAUGCGAUCAGAACAUACUCGAAACCGAGCACUGCAACAAGACAUGCUCUAAAAAUUUAAUCGAGGAAUUUGACAUACAGGAGCAAGAGCAUUUGAGAACAAGAAACUAGCUGUUAGCGAGCAUUGUACCUUGGACAACGGAUAAAGAGCUACGGAGGGAUCGCGACUGAAGUCAAUUCAGGCAUGCAGAGGUGCAGCUAUAAUCGCAUUUAUAGUACGUAUUGAUGAAUUAAAUAAAUCUAUACGCUCACAGCCACGCUAACAUGAAGAGGAGCGGAGCUGGAACGCUACGUAACUAGUGAUUACCGAAACGACUAACAGUGCCAUGCAUUUGCUGACUCGAUAGCAACCCGACUUUCCUAUCUGUCAAGGCUCGUGUCAAGAAGAUGAAGCGAUGGGGGACGCAAACCCUAAUUUCUACACCAGGGACUAACUUGUCAAACGAAUGCGUAGCGGUUUUGUGGUGCAAUUCGCGGUGGCUCAGCUCUGGUUCAUUUGCAGAGGAUGUAAGGUCGCCAAGAACUGCCCCAAAUAUUGAUUCCUUCUGGUCUCUACGACCUGCUCACUCCGGGUUUAGUUAAAUCGCCUUCUCUCCAUCUCUUCUCGGCCGUUGCAUCUGUAGAUCGUUCUCCUCCUAAAGUCACGGUCCUUUUACACUAUGAGGCCCUUCCGGUGAUACUACAUGCUUGAGGCAUCUUGAUCGGAACGUCUGAGCAGUGAAAUUUUUCGAAUGGCUUCUGUACAGACAGGUUUUUAGUUUGUAGGUCUUCGUCGAUCUGUGAUUCCUUAUUGAAACCUUCGCUGACAUUUUAUUAUAUUUGAAAGUUUAAUUUAUUGCCUAUUCAAAUCCUCAGUGUCUCCCUGAUGGUAACGCGAAAAAGGAGACAUGUUGGAUGGACUUACAAUUAGCUGAAUGGAUUAGUGAACGAAUUGUAAUGGAGUAGCACACUGCUGUAAGUGCAUUUUAGCAGCUCAUUGGCCAAGUGUAAUGCGAAAUGGGACAUGCAAAUCCAGUGGUUGGUCUACCCAGGAAGCCCGAUUCCUGGAGAUGGGAAACCUCUAACUCAGAGUACGGAAAAUUCUACGUAACUUUUCACAAAGCGGUCGAAAAUGUCCACGAGCUUCCCAAGGAAAUCUGCACUAAGAAGUGUGAGGCCUUAAGGAAGGAGCUUCAAGAAGCUAGAGCUCAGCUGGAAAAGCUACAGAUCUCAUGUGAUCACAGCCUUGCUAUUCCUGUUGCUUGUCAAACAUCACCUACACCAUUAAAACUAGAAGAUUGCUGCGACAGCGUUACCAACCCUGUUCCACUGAGUAAGAAAGUGGUUGUGACCCAGCCAAGCCACGAGCUGAAAACUCAUGGCCCUCAACCGCAGUUGGAACACACAAAAGGACACUCCCAUCAAGCGAAAUGUGUGAAACAAAAGCUAGCCUUACGGCCAUUAGCAUUUCCUCGCAAAGUUGGCCGAAAUUACCAGGCAGAGUAUCAUGACGAGAACAAUGAAGAUAUGGAAGAUUGCAAAGCCCCUACAACUCGAAAUAAAUUGGGCUGUGAAUUGAUUUGCAAAGAAUCAGGAAUGGAAAGUCGCUCAUCAAGCCGCGGUUCUUCGAAAGACCGUGUGCUGGAUACUGCUGGGAAGCGGAAGAUAGUGCUGAAGCAAGGAGGUCUUCCAAAGAAGCAAAAGGGAGUCGCGAUCAAAUCCACGGGCUCAGAUUUAAAACAAACUGCCGCGGGCGGAGGGAAAAUACCUCUAACUCAACGAUACAACUUCUACCGGAAUUAUGGUUAUGCGGGACAAGGUGCUAAAACAAGUAAAGGGUGGCACUCAAUGAAAACCCCAUGGAUGAAAAGAGAAUAUUAGAAUCUCAACUACCAGACUAAGCAAUAUGUGUCGUUCACUGAUAGAUUUUAGACUCGCUGUACAUUGAAAAUUCCCAAAUGAAAAUUAUGAUAGGUAGGAUAUUUAAAGCCAGAAUACAGACAACAGGUAGUGAUUACAUAGAAAUAGACAUUGGAUAGUCAGUAGUUUGCAUAUACGUCUACACUACCACACCGAAGUUAUCACCUAGGUAUCAAUCGCGCGCUCUUGUUCGACAGAGAGUUUAUGUGCAGUGCCCAACCUUCAAUGUUUGAACGUACAGUUUAAAAAUGCGGGUUGAGUGCUCAUUGAUUUGACGUGUUUUUCAAUGCGUCGUUUCUUUCCAGAUAUGGAAAUAUGCAUAUAUUUUAAUGUUGCCAUAAGAGAAAAAAAUAAUAAUAAUAAUAAUAAUAAUAAUAAUAGUAACACCUAUGUUAACUUCACAUACAACUAACAACCAGGAAGUUUAAUCCAAACAAUUGAGUCGGAGAAAGGCAGAGAUAGUUGUAUAUCACUGUUUGGAUUAUAGGAAAAGUGUUCCUUGGCAUACCAAGGAGCAAUAAGGAGAAAUGCCAUUUUAAAGACUUAACUGAGGAUGCUGUAACAUCACUUCCCUAGGUCUAAAAGCCUUUUUCUUUUCA